CGUCCGGGACACGUGCAGUGUCUCCGCCAUGUCACCCUUCGUGCAGAUUCCGGUCGGAGAACACCCACAGCUGGACGACGACGAGGGUGAGGACGAGCUCCUUCCCGCGCCGCCCGACAGGCUCGAGAGCAUCACCUCGUCUCGCCUGUGGUGGUCCGUUGACGGCAUCAAGAACUUGAUCCAGCCGUCCACGAUAGACUUGGUGCCGGCGCCGGCGGCGCCGAGCGCGGCUCCUGACUACGGCUCCAUCGUACUCAAGAUUGACUCGCUGAUGUCGCACGUGCGCGGCGAGCACAUCCUCUCGAACCUCAAGUACUUUGAGAUGAACGUCUCCGUCAUGGCCCGCGCAAGCGGCAGCGACACGCCGAUCCCGUACACCAAGGACAAGGUCUCGGUCGCGCUCGUCACCGAGGACGGCCUGCCGCUCAUCCGGCUGCUCAGCGACGAGGACCGGCAGUUUGUGCAGCUGGUCGGCCCCGACGGCGUGGAGCUUCGCGAGGCGGGCCCGGUGGACGUGCAGCCCGACGGGCAGGUCUUCUUUCGCCUGCGGCUGGGCAAGCGGAUGAUCUCGUCCAAUUUCGGCAAGCGGCUCCGGCUGCUCGUCUUCCUCAACGUUGAGCAGGAGACGCUGCAAGAGUUCCCAAACCUCAGCGUCGUCUCGCCGCCAUUUGUGGCCAAGACGCGACUACGCAACCCGAAGCCGGAGAAGAAGGAGAAGGAGGCCGGCUCCAGCACAUGGCGCUCGCCCUUGCCGGUGCUCCCGACCGGCACGCCAACGACAGGCUCGUCACGCCCGGGCGUGGUGCACGACCCGGUGACGUACCAGGUGUCCGCCCUCGUCCAGCGCCUCGUGGAGCUCGAGAAGCGCGUGCGCGAGCUGGAGCAGCAGCGGCAGCCCGAGGACAGGCCGGCCAAACAGGCCAAGAGCGAGACGUGGGCGACCGCCUCGGCGUGACCGCGUCUCCGUCCCCCCUCGGGGGGUAUUUAUCGCCAUCGUUGCAGGGGCGGGGAGGCUGAGCUCGUGUCUCCCCCGUCCGCACGCCCUGGCGCACGCGCGUCCCUCGUCGGAGUGCGGUACGUACAAUCCAUGGCAUGCGCAAAGCAUAGAGUUCAUAGGCCGGCGCCUGCAGCUUAGAUCAGAAGGGUUUCAGCGGCAAUCGACGAAAAUAAACGUGCGCAGGCGGCCUCUUGUCU